AUUUGUAAGCCAAAUGUAACUUUUCUUCUAUUACAGAAUCACACAAAUAUGAAGAUGUUGCUUUUCCUGAGUCUUUUACUUGUUGGAAUGCAUUCCAGCAGUUAUUGCUAUGAGCCUUAUCCACAAGGGGUAAGAAACCAGAAUCAAAGAGCACCAGAAAACCAAAACAUGCCACGGCAGAGUGUAAGGAACGGUGUUUGUCGGUUUGCAUGUUGCUUCUACAAAGAGAUUUCUUCUUCUUCUUCUUCUUCUCGUGAAGACAAUGGGAAUGUUUUCUUCUCUCCUUUGAGCAUCUCUACCGCCUUUGCAAUGCUGACUCUGGGUGCCAGAUCAGACACCCUGACACAGAUUAUGAGGGUCCUUUGCUUUAACCCUCGUCAGAUUUCUGAAAAUGACAUACACGAAGGUUAUCGUCAAGUCAUGCAAAUGGUAAACAGAAGGAAUGAGGGGUUACAGUUGAAUAUGGGAAAUGUUCUGUUUGUGCUUGAUCAGCUGAAGCCACAAGAAAAAUUCUUAAGUGAUCUCAGAAACUUCUAUGAAGGAGAAGCUUAUCCUAUGAACUUCAAGAAGGCUGCUCAAGCCCAGCAAAAGAUCAAUGAAUAUGUAGCAAGAAGAACGAAUGGAAAUAUCAAGGACCUUGUAAAUAACCUCGAUCCACUUACUGAAAUUCUCCUUAUUAGCUAUAUUUAUUUUAACGCUGAAUGGGAAAAACCUUUUGAUCCAAAAUACACUAAAAUGAGCAGAUUUUUUGUGGAUGGGAGCAAGACUGUCGAAGUCCCAAUGAUGUUUGGAAUGGGCCUGUUCAAGCAUGGCUAUGAUGAGCAGCUGUCUUCCACUGUGGUGCAAAUGGAUUACAAAGGAGGAGCUUCAGCGUUUUUUAUUCUGCCUGAUAGAGGAAGAAUGAGGAAGCUGGAGAAAAGAUUGUCUUGUGAACGUUUGUCAAGGUGGAGGACAUUAGUCACAAAAAGCUCAGUAAAUUUGUAUCUUCCGAAAUUCACGCUUUAUGGGACAUAUAACCUAAAAGAUAUCUUAUAUAAAAUGGGCAUCAUGGAUCUAUUCACUGAUAAGGCUGACCUCUCUGGGAUCACUGGGCAGCCCCAGCACAGAAUUUCCCAGGCUAUUCAUAAGGCUGUGGUAAAGGUGGAUGAGACUGGCACCGAAGCAGCAGCUGCCACAGGCAUGGAAAUAGUGCCUAUGUCCGUUCCACUCACCAUAGAGUUCAACAGGCCCUUCCUAAUGGUCAUAAACAUGGAAGACACUACACUCUUCAUGGGAAAAAUUGUGAACCCUCUGAAAAAAGAUUAAGUUAAUGUACAAAUUAGGUAUGUCGUGAUGACCACUCUUAAAUCAAGUAUUGGACCUGAUGAGUAUGGCAUGGCUACAGAGGGGCUCUCUGCCUUCUUGGUUGAUGUUAUUCAUGGUUUUUUUGUAGAUGAGAUGAUGAAACUCUUCAUCAGUUUAAGUUGUCAUAGUUGCAUGUUUGUUUGGGCCUUGCUUUUUUUUUUUUUUUUUUUUUUUUUUUUUUUUUUUUUUU